AAACACAUAAAGAUAAGAUAGUUUCUUCUUCACAAUCUUCAUCUCCUCAACCAUGUUUUCUCUCACUGUAAACUCCCCUAAACCUCUCUCCCUCUCCACCCCAUUUCUCCCUAGUCACCACCACCCCCCACCCUCCAUAACCCAUAAACCGAAUCUCAAUCCAAAACCCAUAACAGCACUCAUAAUUCCUCCUUCUUCAGGCCAACAACAACAAUAUUCAACCCAACAACAACAACAGCAACAACUUUAUCAGCCUUUUAGACCUCCUCCUCCACCUCUCCCACCCAAAUUCCGCAAUCUUGACACAAAUGGAAAGCUCGAAGUUCUAACUAACCGUCUUGGUCUUUGGUAUGAAUAUGCUCCUUUGAUACCUUAUUUAACAAGUGAAGGUUUCACUCCUUCAACUCUUGAGGAAAUCACUGGCCUUACUGGAGUUGAUCAGAAUCGGUUGGUAGUUGCUUCCCAAGUUCGUGAUACUCUUGUUGAGUCUGCUGCUUUAGACGAAGAAACGUUGUCGUAUUUUGAAUCUGGAGGUGCUGAGUUAUUAUAUGAAAUUCGUUUGCUCAGUGCUAGGCAACGAGCUGAUGCCGCAACAUUUUUGGUAAAGAACGGAUUUGAUGCAAAACAAGCUCAAGAUUUAGCUAGAGCAAUUAAAGAUUAUCCGCGUAGACGUGUGGACUAUGGUUGGGACAAGUUUAAUGGUGAUUCUCCUGGUGAUUGUUUGGCUUUUAUGUAUUUUAGAUUAGCUCAAGAAUAUGCUGCUGCGGCUUCUGAGGAUUUGAGAAGGUCGACAAUGGAGAAGGCAUUAGAAGUUGUUGAGUCUGAAAGUGCGAGGAAUUUGCUUGUAAUGGAGCUAGAAGGAAGUGAGGUUGCUAAGGAGAGUGUACUUGAUGAUGGGGUGACAGUGCCUUUGGUGAGAAUGAAGUUAGGGGAGGUAGCUGAGUCGACCAUUGUAGUGGUUUUGCCCGUUUGUAAGGCGGAGGGGAGAGAAGUGGAGGUGGAGGCGGCGCCAUGGGAAUGUGGUGGCAUAGGGGAUUUUGGUAUCGUGGAGGCGGAGAAGGAUUGGAGGAGAUGGGUGGUUUUGCCCGGAUGGCAACCUAUCGCGGGGUUAGAGAGAGGUGGAGUUGCAGUGUCGUUCAAGAGCGGGAACUUUUUGCCUUGGAGGGAGAAGAGCAAGUACAAGCAAGAGCCAGUUUUGGUAGUGGCGGAUAGGGGAAGGACAGAAGUGGCGUCGGAGGACGGGUUUUACUUGGUGGUUGAUGGUGGAGAUGGGAGCAAUGAGGAGGGAUUGAAAGUGGAAAGAGGGUCAACAUUGAAGAAAAGAGGGGUUGAACAGAGCUUAGGAAUUGUGCUUAUAGUAGUUAGGCCACCAAAAUGGGAAGAUGAAGAACAAUUGGGUGAAGAAGAUUGGGAUUAAAUUCAAGAAUGCCUUGUAAAAAUGCAGCCUUUGCUGUAUAUUGUCAAUGCAGAAAAUUGGAUUCACUGCAAUUUUCAUUUGAGACAAGUUGAAGAUCAUCUUUGAGCCUUCACUGCUAGAUUGGUAAGAUUGACUAGUUGAACACAAACUUUGUUCAUUUAGCAUUAUUGAUAUUAUCUAGUAUUUAGAAGCAAUUACAGAGAGUACAAAUUCAGGAUUCCAUUGAAGCUCACUUGCAGUUGAAGACCACCAAUAGUAAUCAAUUUUGAAUUGUAAUUGAAUAUAUGAGUUGUACUACAAUUAAGAUGAUAAAAAAAUUUCCCAUUGUAUCUUGUUCCAAA